CAGGUACGCAGCAUAGGCAGAUCCAAGUGGGAGAAGGAUUUUAACAUGAAGACUUCCACCGUCGUCUUGUUAUUCGCUCUCCUUACUAUUGCCAGCAUUGCCUCUUGUUCUCCAGCACCAGCGGAGGACCACCACGGCGACCGCCACGUGCGCUACACGUGUGACGCCUUGAUCGAUUUCGGCGCGGGAGACUCGAUGUGCGCCGUCCGCUGCAUCGCCAUGAACAGAGGCUACAAGGGCGGACACUGCAAAGGGGGCGUCUGCCACUGCCGCAAGUAGGGGGACGACAGCAGCGGAAAGCCACCCCUUGUCGCUUACAUGUACGCUCAGCAAUAAACGGCCGAGCACUGUAGAGAUACGCUCCA